GUUCUAUAGCUCUAAAAAAAACACCCAUUACAAUAUUAAUAUUAGGUGUUGUAAAAAUAAAUCCAUUAUUUUUCCAAUAAAUGGCUCUAGUUAUCUGUAUCCCGCAUUGUAUAAGUCCGAUUGUGUUCCACUAGAUAUCGUUAGAAAGAUGAGAAUUCGUACUAGAAAAACUUUUCUGACAGUUUUGUGAUUUGUUGGCCAAGUCAACAAAAUCGAUCCAUUUUUGAGCUUGGUUGGGAGGUUUUUAUGCAUCCACCUCAUACUCCAGACCUGACACCAAGUGAUUACCUAUCUGUUCCUGUCCAUGGCAAACAAUUUCGCUGGUGAAAAAUGUGCUUCGACAGAAAUUUGUGAAAAUCUUAUGCUUACGUCAGCAGUUACCCUGUAUAAUAACACAAUUUUUUUUGUGCAUUCAAAAUUAUUUAUGAACGAAAAUAACUUCAAGGUUGGCAACGCAGAAAAAAACGUCAAGAACGAAUAUUGUUAUCUAUGAUCUGACAUCUGUCAGAUAUAGACGUCAAAACACAAUUGACGUUCAUAUAAGUAAUAUUUAUAUUUACUUCUUCCAAUAUUUUUCGCUGUACAAAUAGUAUUUUCAUUAAAGACUGAUGUUUCCAUGACAAUAUUUUAUGACAAACGAGAAACAUAACCAGUUGUUCAAUUCAUUUUGAAUAUUAUUUCGUUGUGUUGACGAAUGUAUCAAAUAUGAGUGCCUUUGAUGAUAUAAGUGAAAUAGAAAAUACCUUGGAGAUUAGUUGUAGCUCAAUAAUACCAGAAAAGUCCAAACUUCGAUAUGAAAAAACAUACAAGCAUUUCAAAAAUUGGUGCGACGAAAAAUAUGGUGGAAGAAUAGAUGAAAAGAUGUUAUUGGAUUAUUUUGUUAGGCGUAAUGAUACGUUAAAAGCACCUGGUAGUCUUUGGGCAGAAUAUUCUAUGCUGAAAAGUACAAUAUUUCUAAAAGAUGCUAUUGAUAUUUCAACAUUUUUUACAUUAAUUGGCUAUCUGAAAAAAAAGAGUGUUGGACACAGGCCUAAAAAGUCUGGUGCAUUUAACAGAGAACACAUUAAAAAAUUUUUAAAUGAAGCACCUGACAAUGAAUUUCUUAUACUCAAGGUAGGUCUGAUCUUGGGAAUAGCAGGAGCUUGCAGAAGGGAUGAAUUGUAUAAUAUGAGGAUAGAUGAUAUAGAAGAUCAUGAAAAAUUCGUAGUUGUGAAAAUUCCAAACACUGAAAACAAUAUACAACGCUCUUUCACAGUAACAAAUGAACUUGAUGAAGAAAUUCAUUAUAUAGAUAUCUUGAGGAAGUACAUUGCGUUGCGACCAAUACAUACAAAAAGCAAAAAUUUAUUUUUAAAUUACCGUAAUGGAAGAUGUAGUAUACAAGUGGUGGGAAGAGGAACUAUUGGUAGUUGGCCUGCAAGAAUUGCUAAAUAUCUGGGAUUAGAGGAUUCUCAGGUUUACACUGGACAUUCCUUCAGAAGGACAUCAGCAACAUUAAUAGCAAAUAAAGGUGUGGACAUCUUGAGCUUCAAGCCACAUACUGGAUUGAAAUCUUCUGAAGUUGCUGGAAGCUAUGUGGAAGAUUCUUUAACAAAAAUAGAAUUUGCUGAGGAAGUUCUGCAUGAUAGUGCUUUGACCGAUGCUAGAUCAGUUUCAGUUCACUUUGAUCCUGAUACUUGUGCAAAAGUAAGUGUUGAUGGAAAAAGAAAGUUCACACCCAACUCUGUUGCUACAACUUUUUCUUUCGACCAUAGUACUGAAGCAAUAUCAGAUGAACAAUUAAAUUUUGGGGAAGAUGAAUUUGACACUGAAUAUAAAGAAACAGAUAUCGGAGAAUCAGAAAAAGUGGAGAAAAUAAUAAAGAGCGAAAUUGUUGAACCUGGCAUCCAAGAUGGUGAAGCCAUCCUGAUUCAACCACCUCAAAAGAUAAUUGUUCCGGAUCAAAGGGCUUCUACUGUUCGUAUUUUAAACACACCUGUUAAUAUUAAAAAUUCAAGCACACUCCUCCAAGCUGUAAAGACCUUGGAAAUUCCCGGGAAGUCUUCAAAACCGAAUAAUUCAUGGUUUAACAAGGCUGCAACUGCAAUUUCAGGAAUCAACACAAAUUUAUCCUACGCAAUGACCCAGUUGGAUAAGGCACAAUCCAGCGCUACUAACGCUGAACAACUUGCAGUGGUCCACAACAAGCUACAAGAGAUCUUGAGCAGUUCUAUCAAUUCCUUGAUCCAGAUCAGGAAAAAUUUGAGAUCUGACUUCAUUUUGGACAUCAAAACGACCAAGUUUCCUCCAAAUAGCGCCACUGAUACAAAAGGACAAAAUGUAUUAGUUUUAAAUCUAGCAACUGCUAAUUCUACCCUAAAAAGAAAACUUCCUAAGUUUUCUGAAAGUAUAGCAAAGAAAUGGAUGUCUCAAAAACCACCCACACCAAUCAGACUAGUUCUAGACAAGAGUAAGGCAACAACAUCUCAUACCACUCCAGCAACAUCUCAUACUAUACCAGCAACAUCUCAAACUGUACAAGCAACAUCUCAUACUAUCCCAACAAGAUCUCAUAUUAUCCCAACAACAUCUCAUACUAUCCCAACAACAUCUCAUACUAUCCCAACAACAUCUCAUACUAUCCCAGCAAAACCUCAUACUUCAACUAAAGGUUAUUUGAAAGUAAGAAGUUUUCGACAGUUACUAACUGUUCCUUCUUCUUCCAUAAGUUUGCCCGAAGUACUGAACAAAACGGGAACAGAUCCUCUCAAAGAUGAAAACAACAUAGCUGAAGACAAAAGUGGAAAUAGCGAAGAUAAAGUUUACGUACCAGAAAAGCCUCCAAGCGAAAUGAUUGCUGAUAUGUUUACAGAUGGAGUUGAACAAAUUUAUACGAUAGAGACAUCGCAAGUAGAACAAGAAGGUUGUGAAGAUGAAGAAAUGAGUGAUGACAAAAAUGACAUAGAGAUAGAGCAAAACCAAAUUCGAAGGACUAGUAUAAGUGAAGAAAAAGUAGGAAGUUACAGUGAACAAAACGGACUUUUUAGUGAGUGUAGUGAAAUUUUGGAGGGUGAAGUUGAAGUGAAGGUAGAACCCAAAGAAGAAAUAUGUAGUGAUGAUGAUCGUUCUACCCUAAGAAACCUUUCUGAAGAAAGUUGAGAAAAAAUAAUUAUAGAUUCAAAGAUCAUUGAAAAUACACUUGUUGAAGAUGGUAGAAACUGUGUCUUCCAAAAAAAACCCCACAAUGAAAAUUAUAUAUUUUGUUAAUAUUGAAAGUUUUAUAUUAAUUCAUUAUUAAAAUAUAUAAAUGACAAUAAAAAUUUCAAAUAAA